AUAUAGAAGCAUUGACAUGACCAGAAGAUCAUAUCUGAGAACAUAAAGAGCGUAGAGCAGAAACCUAAAAGUGGAUCCAAGAAGGCAUGGAAAACUACCACUAUCUUCAGAAACAUCAAAGGAGGAAGAGAAAGACGACACAGUACAAGAAUUUGAUGCUUAUGCAUCAUGGUCUUCGGAAACCGACAUGUCUGCAAUGGUUUCAGCUCUUGCUCAAGUUAUGGCAACUGCAAAUCAGAACCCUCCCAUCUCACAAUCAACAUCUUUUCCUCUCUCAAACUUUCACACCAAAGAUCAACCUCAACCUUCUUCAGAUAAAGGAGUGACAAAGAAGCCACACUACAGAGGAGUGAGACAGAGACCAUGGGGAAAAUGGGCAGCAGAAAUCCGUGACCCUAAAAAAGCAGCAAGAGUAUGGUUAGGAACAUUUGAAACAGCAGAAGAUGCAGCCCUUGCAUAUGACAAAGCAGCACUCAAGUUCAAAGGCACAAAAGCAAAGCUUAAUUUCCCAGAAAGAGUUCAUCACAAUGUUUCUUUUAUGCACCAACACCAACCUUCAUCAAACACAUCAAACACUUUUGCUGCCUCUCAAUCUCUUUCUUCUGUUGAUGUUUCAGCUCCACCCUCAUUUUCCACACAUGAUCAACCUGGCCACCAACUUUUUCCAAACAUCCUUCAAUAUGCUCAGAUUCUUUCAAGUGAUGAUGCACAGUUUCCUUACUACACAUCCCAUCUUUUCAAUCAACAGCAACAACAACAUCAUCAGCAGCAGCAGCAACAACAAGAUCCUUUCAGCUCUCAAUUUUCUACCACCUCUUCUCAAGCAUCCUACUUCUACAACCACCAACAACAAUUUGAUGAACAGGGACAUGAUCACUCACCCCAGUAGGUUUAUUUUGAAAGUCUUGAUUAAUUUGUAAUGGUAAUUGCAAUCGUGACAUCAAAGUUUUGAAAGUCUUGAUUAAUAUUGACCCCAUCAUCAGCGUUAGGUGUCCACAAGAUUUUUGAGAUGUGUAACCAUGACGAUAAUUUUUACUAGUGUGUGUUUGGAUAUCAAAAUUUGCUGUUGGAAGUUUGAAUUUGCAUGAGCUUUAAUCCAAACAUGGCUUGAAAAUCUUGGCAAAGCAAUUAUAAAGCUUGACUUUA